UGCCAACCUAUCCUUCAUUUGUCACAUUUCAAGAAAAACUAAAAAUGGAAAUAACCAAAUCAUUAUCAACAAUCACUACAAAAGAAAAGGAUCCGACGGCGGUCCACGUAUUUUUCGUAUGGUACAACGAGCUGUGUCGUCGUUUGACCAUAAGACCAACAAUCAAACCAGUCAAAUCCAAGUGCCAAACAGUAUUGGAUUUCGUAGCUGAAAAGCUGAAAUUGGAAGAAUGGAAUUUGGUCAUCAACGCUUUGCGUCUCGAUACUAGUUUACAUGUGAUUGCUAUACGAAGCCGAAUGGGCAAUUUUCAGUUUUUAUAUGAAGUUGACACAGAAGAAAAAGUCAAAAAGAUGGAGAAAAAAUAUGGACUUAUAUGGACUGCGUACGUGCUCAACCAAACCGUAAAAUCACUUUCAAAUUGCUUGAGAAACACACAGGUGCUUAGUUAUCUAGAGCUUGAUGGUUUACCUUUAUUUACUCAAUAUUUAGAGGCACUUUUGCAAGCCCUUAAAAGAAAUAAAACACUAAAAACCCUUUCGUUUGUAAACUCCUGUGACAUCGAAGACGUGGGUUGUCAACUAAUUUGUGACUAUCUCCGCAACAUUCCUAACGUAGAAGUACUUAACCUUUCUGGCUGCAACUUAACUUCAAUCAGCGGCGAAUAUCUGGCCAAAUUAAUCAAAUUUCAGCAAAUUAAUAGAUCUUGCGAAAGUUGGCACCAUUCCUUACGCUACACAGAACCAGUCAUCGAAAAAAUGUGCGGCAUCAAGCGCAUAACCAUAAAUUCGAAUCCAAAUUUCGGAGAUGCCGGCUUAAAUUUGAUUUUAGACGAGCUCGAUGACGAUUUAUGGGUAAAAGCUUUGGACGUUCAAAAAUGUGGAAUCACUGAUAGUGUUGCUGAAAGAAUUUUGGACGUUGUCGAGUACAAUAAGGUUUUGGAAAUUGUCGAUCUGAGACAGAAUCAGCUUUUGGACGUGGCUGUUGUAGAGAAAGUGAUAGAGGUUUUUUUUAAACGACAACCUUUUGGUUGUAAAUCGGAAUUUCAAUGGGGUCAAACGGCAAGGACUUUGUUAAAACAUUCAGCUAGCUGGUUUACAACGAAAACUAAUUCACUGGAAAAACUUCAUAAGGCAAAGUCGGCACCGAUAAAGCAGGCUUAUAAAAACUGUGACUUAUCUAUUCGGAAAAUAAAAACUUUAUCCACAAUUCAAAAAAACGAUGAUGGAAUGGAACAGCAAAAAGGAGUGGAAAGUGGUGGUCAGUUGAGGUUACUUGGUCAAAUGAAGAAACUUGAAAUUAUAUUACCGGCUAUUGCCGAACGAAAAGAUAUGGAACAAAGCAGUAGGGUCAGUGAGAGCUUAUUUCUUUUAUAAUGUAAUAAGAGAUAUGUGUCAGGCAGAAUGUUACUUUUAUAAAAACCGUUUUUGUUAAGUAAAAUUUUAUGAAAAGUAAUUAGCUUUUUAAAUCAGGUAGAUUGUAGAUUGGUAUUGUAUUUUACUGGGCAGUGUCCUGUGAGCAGUCCCACCACCAAUCUGAUGUCUGGUCUGCUCAUGCUUAGGAGCUGUUCAGCUCUUUUUGCUGAAAGGGUAAUAAACCUUUUUGACUGUCUGAGUCCCGGUGUGUGCCUCCAAUAUGAUGACAGUUGGUCUUUCUCCCAUUUGUUGAGUUCUUCCAUGAUGUGGCUUUUCAUUAAGCCACAGUAGGGCUCUGGUCCAUGGUAUGGUGUUGAGGCCCCUUCCUUUGCGAGGCCAUCUGCCUCUUCGUUUCCUUCUAUGCCUCGAUGACCAGGCAGCCACAUCAGCGUUACCUGGUUAUGUGUCGCUAGUGUUUUUAGGGUCUGUUUACACUCCCAGACUAGUUUUGACGUGCAUUUGAAAGCGCUCAAGGCUUUUAAGGCAGCUUGGCUGUCCGAUAGUAUGAAGAUGUGUUUUCUUUUGAGGCUUUGGUUAAGACACUCUUGUGCACAUAUAUCUAUGGCAAGCAGUUC